CCGUUUGUUAAUUUAUUAUUAUUAUUAUUAUUGUUAUUGUUACUACUUAGUCUUUUUAUUUCUAUAGGAGGUGAACGUUCUUUCCAUUAGUUCAUCAUUACCUCUUAUUACUACAAUAUAUAUUACACAUGUCCUUUGUGGGUGAUGCUAUUGAGCGACAAAAUAACAGUAGUUUGGACAGUCUUGAAGCCACCAUGAUAUCAAAUAGCAACAAUGGCAACAAUAACAACAAUCUAGAUACACACGACAAAAAACGUAGUUUAGAUGAAAGAAUGGACAAUAAGGAGCAUCGUUAUUCCCAGCUUCCCAAUAUACCUGUUGCAAUGCGUUAUCCUUCCGUUAUCUCUUCCGUGAAACAGUAUAGGGUGGAAGAUCAACAACAACAUCUCAAACAACCUUUUGUAUCUGAAUCUUUUAUUCCCAUGAUGCCCAACAUUGGAAAACCACCUAGAAAACGACGAAGACCACCAUUCUCUUAUUCAUCCUUGAUUGCUCAAGCUAUUUUAGAGGCAGAAAAUGAAAGAAUGACUCUACGUGAAAUCUAUCAAUGGAUUGUCGAUAAGUAUCCAGCUCUAUAUAGUGCAAAUGAUGUUGGUUGGCAGAAUACAAUACGGCAUAAUCUCUCACUUAAUCGAUGCUUUAGGAAAUUACCAAAGUCUGUACUGGGUGAUGGUACAAAAGGGAAAGGAGGUUAUUGGACUAUUGACCCAAAUCAUAUGGCGAAAUUCAAAAAUGGUGCUUUUGCAAGAGGAAGUUCAUCUACAUUACGAAGAAAAUCAAACACGGAAGAGGUUUUGGAGGAUAGCAACGUUCCAGAUGAACGACAAGAACAAACAAAAUCACAAGAAACAUCACAGAAACCAUCGAUAGAUUUACCUUCAAAAACAGUACAACCAUCAUUGAUGAAUUCACCUUUAACACCGGGAUUACAACAAUUACCAUCACCAUUGGUAUCAUCUACAUCAUCGUCAUCUAUGUAUCACCCAUCCCCUCUUACAUCACCGACACAACUUCGGCAUCAUUCAUUACAACACAAACAUAUGAUCAAUCAAUUUCCAGUAAAACAGUCAUCUAUAUCUCCAAAACCAUCGAUCUCCUCACCGUCAUCAUCAAUAUCAUCAUCAUCAGUUCAACCUAUGUCCCCAGUUCAGCCUCCAAAACAGCCGUUACACCCAUUAAAACUGCAAACAUUAUUAUCGCCUUCAUCAUCUGCAUCAUCAACAUCAACAUCACCUUCAUCCAUGACCUCUAACAGUUGUAGUUCUUCCCCAAGUUUAUUACUUCCUUCUUCCACUGCCAUGAACAUCCACAAUCUUUUGAAUUGAUUUCAAUUAUUUUUUUUUUUAGUUCUCUCCUAUAUAUUUCCUUUUUAUAAUAUAGAACUGAUUCUACAUUCUGUAUAUAUCUUAUUUUCUAUUUGUUUUCUUAUUAGUUCCUAUUGUCAAUAAAAUCUAUAUUCUCA